GCAUCAGUAAGGAAUCGUCACAAUUCAAAGUCAGCCUGCGUUUUCAUCCGAUUAAAUAAUCUUUAUUUUUACAGCGUUUAAUAAUUACUAACCAGAUUUAAGAUAAUGUUCUGUUUGGGUUUACACUAGUAAAUCAAUUAUGAGUGUAUAAAAUAGAACAUUUAAAGUCAUUACAGGUUCAUGAGGGAACUGGUAGUCGAUCUCUCCGAACAUGCGGAGAUUUUCUCAAAAGAAAGCCCUGAAUUUUGUGAAGGAAAUGGAUGCCUUCCCGAAGGUUCCUGAGAGUUAUGUUGAGACGUCUGCCAGUGGGGGAACCGUGUCUUUGGUCGCCUUUACGGCCAUGGCACUCCUGGCCUUCUUUGAAUUUUUUGUGUAUCGGGACACAUGGAUGAAAUACGAAUAUGAAGUGGAUAAGGAUUUUUCUAGUAAAUUAAGAAUUAAUAUAGAUAUUACAGUCGCCAUGAGAUGCCAGUUUGUAGGUGCAGAUGUUUUGGACCUGGCUGAGACAAUGGUAGCAUCAGAAGGCCUGCAGUAUGAACCAGUUGUAUUUGAGCUGUCCCCUCAACAGAGGCAAUGGCAUAGGAACCUUCUAGUGGUCCAGAACCAGCUAAGGGAGGAGCAUUCACUCCAGGAUGUUCUCUACAAGAGUGUGUUGAGAGGGGGCCCUACUGCCCUGCCACCAAGAGAGGAAGGCCACGAUCAGCCGUUAAACGCAUGCAGGAUACACGGACACCUCUAUGUCAAUAAAGUGGCGGGAAAUUUCCAUAUCACCGUCGGCAAGGCCAUUCCACACCCUAGAGGCCAUGCUCACCUUGCUGCCCUGGUUAGCCACGAAACAUACAACUUCUCUCAUCGAAUAGACCACCUAUCAUUUGGGGAGGAAGUACCAGGCAUUCUGAACCCACUCGAUGGCACUGAAAAAGUGUGCACUGACCAUAACCAGAUGUUCCAGUACUUCAUCACUGUUGUACCCACCAAACUGGAAACCUAUAAGGUGUCAGCAGACACGCAUCAGUAUUCUGUCACAGAGCGGGAGCGUGUGAUCAACCAUGCGACAGGCAGCCAUGGCGUCUCGGGCAUCUUCAUGAAGUACGACCUCAGCUCACUCAUGGUUCGCGUGACAGAGCAGCACAUGCCGCUCUGGCAGUUCCUCGUGCGGCUCUGUGGCAUCGUUGGGGGCAUCUUCUCUACCACAGGUAUGCUGCACAACCUGGUCGGCUUUUGUGUAGAUGUUGUCUGCUGUCGUUUCAAACUAGGAGUGUACAAGCCCAAAGAGGUGAGUACUCUUCAUCAACAUGGGAAGGACCAAACGUGUCUGCUCUCCGAGAAUGGUGAGCAGUAGCGGUCCUCGUCUCCUCUGUUCCUGAGAUGGUUACUUCUGCUGAGACCCUGGCGUGCCAUGGGACAGUUGUCCAGCAGCGCGACCCAGCUGCUGCUUCACCCACCUUGUUGCCAACAUGGUACUGAGAAGGGCCGUCUCUGCACGUAACCGUAACUUGGACUGUAAACAAAGUAUUGAUUUGCUUUUCACAACCAGAAAGAUGGUUUGUAAUUUCUGUGCACCUAAACAAGACAUUUUUUCGAGGAGAAAGGUGUCAUCAUGUAGUAACAGUUUGUUUUAUACUCCAUUGCCACAGUGUUGUAAUGGUGAUUCAUAGAAUGUAGUUAUAGUUUGUGUUACAGAGGCAGCUCUUCCUGUUCAGACUGUAACCUGAGGGAUUAAAUGCCACUAUGUGUUUUGUUUUAAAGAUAUUUGUCUUAAAGUGUCCAUUAACACA